GGGUGCGCCGCCUGGCGAGCCGCCGCACUGGAAGCCUCGCCCUCGCUUGCGCCCGGCUCGGCGUCAACCUCCGCCCGCUGAGCAGCGGCGUGAUCGAGGGCCCGCGCGGCGCGGUGCACAAGUUCGAUGAAAUCAGGAUCGCUUUGCCAGGGGCCCGCGCGCACGGCUGCCAACCUCCGGCAGCAGUUAACAACGACAUGUGCCGGCGCCUGCGGUUCCGGGGCGUCCUGGCCCGCGACGCUGGCCUGGUCGGUGCGCCGGUCCGGAAGACGAGACGGUGGAUGAAGGCCCGCCUCGCGGCACCAAGCUGUCAGCUGGUCGUCAUGUUCCGGGGCCCACCCGCCAGCUACGCACACAGGGCAUGCCCCGUGAUGGCACAGAGGACAGGCAACAUCGCUGGGGCGGCGCGCUUGGACGCGGAGCUGCGCCAGACAGCCAAGAUGGAGGACGUGCCGCGGGCAAACUGGCAGGGGCACCGGGCGUGCAGCGUGAUGGCCGUCCGG